AUGAGCCCAAGUUUGAAUUCAGAUACUUGCAUCUUUGCCGGCGACUCUGUGGUUGUAGUGACCACCACAAAAUCGAGCCAGCCGCAAUUUGUACCUCAGCGGUUAUUCUCAAACACUGGGGAAUGUCGUUCCAUAUUCAUACAAAUGCAGACCACGCCUAACGACGAUUCUAUCAGAUUCAUACUGGGCUUAGGUGUCAUGGGCGAAGGAAUAGCCGAGUUCUGCGCAUCGCGAACAGCGUUAAAAUCAUCACUUGUCUAUUCGAUACUUAUGGAGCAGUUUCCUGCCGGUUUACCACUUUUCGGAUCACGAGAAACUGCCGUCCCUCAGGACAAUCGGAUUCUCGAUAUGGACUCUGAGCCGAUAGCAACGAUCAAAGAGCUAGUUGACAGUCAUGUUCGAUUUGCGAUCAUGGAAGAUGACGGUGAUAUAGAAUAUCAAGGGUUUAGUGACGAAGGCUUAGUUGAAGUCAAAUGGAAAGAAAGCUGCAGAGGACCUUGGAUGAAGAGGAGGUUAUUUGCAAUAGAUGAGGUUGCCAAGCUUGAGCAACGGCUGGCGACGAAUGGAAACAAUAAAGAUUUUAAUUGA